UCGUCUGCUGAGACGACAGUAUCGAAGGGGCCGCCGAGGAGUGCGCGACAAAUUGUUAUCAUUCUUCUUUUCGCUGUGUUGGUGAUGCUCAUGGAGGGGCAAUAGAGGCGAUAGCGCGACUAUAUAUAAAUGUGCGCAUCCGUCACCGCAUCAGUUCGAUGUUCCUCCGUUUCGUUCUGUCUCGUUGGCAGUGUCCGUACGACGUAGUCCGACCACAUCAGGCAUUGGAGCGCAGAUUGCCGAAAAAGCUACUGAUAAACAGUUAUCUUCCAGCUACAAAGAGGACAGGCGGGUCGACGCGCGACUGCAGCUCAAUCAGUGAAGAUCCAUUUGGCUUCGUUCUGAAGUCCGAUCGCGAUUUUUCCUGCUCGUCUUUCCUUCUCGACGUGUCGUUUCCGAAAUCACUGUCAGCAAACGGCAAGCCACUUGCGACCAGGAACGAUGGGAUUCUCUUAGCAUCGAUUAAACUCUUCUCGCGACUUCAGCCGUUUUCCACCGAGUAGGGACAUCGAGUUUCGUCUCAGCAUUAUUAAACAAAUCCGCCAAAAUAACACGUGCAGGGAUUGUCCUCUGGAGUGCGACGACAGUGUCUCAUGACUCAUUUACCGCGGUUGUCCAGCCCAGUUAUGUUCUCCAUCGAGUACAGCAAGCAAUUCCUGAGCUACCGUAUACUCAAGUCCAACCGGUUCAAGUACAUCUGACGAUACGGACUCGGACUACGUAGUAGAGGGUGUGCGCAAGGUGGUGUGUGUGUAUUGUGCUGCGGGCGACUUGUCGUACCUACGGUGCUCAGGAAGAUAGCAGGAGUGUCUCAGCAAGACCUGGAAAGUCUUGUAUCGGAAUCAAAUGGCCGAAUCACUUUCCUCAGCUUCGUGUAUUUGAGGAAGUGCGUCGAUAACGACGGCCCGACUCAGCGUCAUCGAAAAUCGCUAGUGAGGCGAAUCUUUCGAAGAUACGGAGCAAUAAGAUUAGGGAGACAAAAUUAUCAAGUUAACAGCGUUCUAUAUAAAUAGAAUUUUAUAAACAGAAGUAAAAUAUUCAAAUUUAAAUCCAAACGAAAAGGAAACGCUAGCAAAUAUCUCAUUGAUAACAGCAUAUUAAUCCGUUAUCAGAAAGCUCUUGUGCAACAGAGUUUAAUUUGACAAGCAAAAGAAAAGAUUUUUAUCCAUUCAGUUUACAAGAAAGGCCAUAGCAAUUAAUGCUUUUGUCAUUAAGGAAAUUUUGAAACAGUAAAAUAAAUCAAACAUCAAACAGCCAUUUCCGUCUGAAACGAGACGGAAAGUUCCGAAGGUUUAAAACGGAUUUAUCUAAAAUAAUGAUACUGCUCGCUAACAUGAUGCGCUUUUACAUUGGCUUGUAAAAGAUCAUUAGAGCGAGAAUCGAGCGGCGGAAUCAGAGCGAACGGAAAGCGAAAUUACUUGAAAAUCUCUUUGAGAGGCAGGGCGCGUCCGCUAACUUUCCACGGCAGUUACAUCCAUAUACGUACACAUCCACACAUACAAACCUGUAAUUAGACCUGCAUAAAACGCGAAUUAAACGGAUUCACUAAUUAAAGCGACGAUCGAGCGAAAUCUGCACGUCUUUGGCAAAUCGGCGAAUCGGCCGGAUAAAAUCAGAGGCAAAAUGAUGAAAAAAAUGAUCGUUUACGUUCCGGGCAGAAUGCCAACUCACGUUGGUCCCUACGGUGCGGCUCGUUACUCGGGCACCCUGCUAGGAGCUGUCCCGGGUUUUUACAACCCGGUUUCCGGCUACUCUACCAGCCCGGACUCGAGCUACUACGGGAGCUUCAGCGUCCAGCAUCAACCGUCGCUGGACCUUCCGGUUUGGCCGCGAAGGAUGCCGGCCGAGGAAGAACUAGGGGCCUCACCGGCUGCUGGCUUGGCUGGGCUGGGGGUAUCCCCGGGCACUCUUGGUAACGGUGGUCCCCCGAGUCCAGCACACAGCGACUCCGAUGCAUCCAGCUCAAGUUUAGAAUUGGGUACCAUCAGGACUGGCGAAAACGCACAAUUAAAGUGCAGAUGGCAAAAUUGUGGCCGAUGGUUUACUUCUCUGGAACAACUUGCGGGGCAUGUCUCGAGGUUGCAUGCAGCACCUGGUCCACGGGGUCUGUUUUACUGUGGAUGGGAGGGAUGCGUAAGAGGUGAACGUGGGUUCAAUGCGAGAUAUAAGAUGCUGGUCCACGUACGCACACACACGAACGAGAAGCCGCACCAUUGCUAUCAGUGCGACAAGAGCUUUAGCAGAGCAGAGAACCUGAAGAUCCACGCGCGUUCUCACACCGGCGAACGUCCCUACGUCUGCCCCAUCGAAGGUUGCAACAAGGCCUACUCAAAUUCAUCAGACAGAUUCAAACACACUAGAACUCAUGCCGUGGACAAGCCGUAUUGCUGCAAAGUGCCGGGUUGUCCAAAGAGAUACACUGAUCCAUCGUCCUUGAGGAAACACGUGAAAACCUAUCGCCACUACGUGAAUAACAAUGACAAAGUUCAAGAGAAGAAUUUCGACGACACCAAUAUUCAAGAGAAAACCAGGUUUGACGCUAAUUCGCCCGACAAGCAGAGCAGCAGCGCGCACUCCGAAUCGGAUAAAAAAGACUCGAGCAUCGAGAGCAAUACGUCAGUUUCGAGUCCAAAGGCGAGCAACAGCUUCGAGGAACAAAGAAGCUUCGUUGAGUGGAACAACAUGUACAAUCUUCAAGAGCAGCGGAAGGAACAGGAGCAGGUGACUCCAUCAAAGCCGUACGAGCGGGACGUGAAGAUCUAUCCGAGGAUGUACGACGACAAUUACAUCAUGUCAGAUAGGAUUCAAGUGAAUCCUAUGUACGCUUCCGGGACCACUAUCAUCAAGGACUGCCCCGCAGUAUCGUCACCUCACACUAGUCCGGGUCGAGUGUCUGAUGCGCUACCGCGCAUCGGUAUGCAAUCGACGCCCAUCAAAACUGAAGAACCCAUGGAAUGCAGCAGUGUCAAGACCUCCACGGUCGAUUACAGAAACAUUGAAUCGAUCGUCAAUAGCACGCCUUGUAAGAAGGAGAACGCCAUCAGUUGCGACCCAGUGAGGCACUCGGUGAUCAAGCGGGCGGAGGACCUGAAGAUGGAGGUGGAACAAAUGCCGCUCAAAGAGGAAUUCAAGGAGACCAGUAAUGAUUGCUGUUGUCGCCACAAAUGUUGCAUGCACAGUAACAGCAAUAUUUUGCAGACGAAGAUUUUUUCAGAUCUCAUCAUGAAAGCUUCGAAUCCGCUCUUUCGACACUUGCUGGGCUCGGUGGAUCUUCAGUAUGGACUAGAGAACAUGUGGAGCAAUAUCGUGGAUGCCACCAAUACGUGCGGCCAAGAUCUCAGGGUAAAAAAUGAGAAUGUCACCGAAAUGGAACAAGACCUGCCGCUGGAUUUGACAAUUAACAAAUAAACGAGUAAUUGGCUGGGAAAGCCAACACCAAAAAUGCGAAUUACAUGAAACGUCGUGUAUUUUAAAUGAAUCAUGAUCGUCAUUGGUAUACGAAUAAUGAUCACUGGAACGAAAACCAUUUCUAGAUCAGACUGCGAAACCAAAUAUAUUUUAAUAUUCUGUAAUGCGAUACAGCAAGAUGAAAGCAGUCAGAAAUUUCCGACAAAAAUUUGCUCAAUCCACUUAAGUAAUUGUCUACAAGUAGCUGCGUCAAUUAAAAGCGUUAUUCAAAGAUAAUCACGCUAACUUGUAGAUGUAAUGACAAUUUUAAUUCAUUCGAUCGAUACUUUCAAGAUAAUGUUUCUAGUUUUUUUUUAUUAACUACAAUUGUGAGUACGUAUAAGUAGUAUAUAUAUAUAAUCCAGUGAAAACGACCUAGUCAAAAUGAUGUUAAUGUAGCAUUAAAACUGCAGUUCGUUUUCACUGGGUAAUAAUAAAACUGGAAACUUAUUAUAUGACUGUAAAUAUAUGUUUGUGUCAGAUACAGAAAUGAGAAAUACAAAUUGGUUCUUGUAUACCAAAUUUCUAGGAUUUGAUUUCAAGAGUUAUGCUUUUUACAUAAUGGCAUCCUCAACAAAUCGUACAUUUUAUAUGAAUAAAACAUAUGUAUCAUAUGUAUAUAGAACUUUAUAUGAACGUGUAUGGAAAGUCAAUUAAGGAGUGAAGUAUGUUGAAAAAUAAAAUAUUGGAAAGUGAAGUAUGCAGGAAAAUGCUUUUUUCUGUUUAGUAAAAUGUGUUUAACAUGAAAUGUAAACUAUUUCAAUAAAAAUACAUUAUUUAUGUAUA